CAUAAUUAAAUACUCUCUAGUUUUCUACAUAGUUUCACUUUCUCUGAAAAUCCCAAAAAAGCUCUUUGAAUUCUUCUUCUUCUUCUUCCUCCUUCAAUGGAGUGUUCCAAGAGAAUAACAAUCUCUGAACAUUUUCUAUCUCACAGAACAAAAAUCCUAUCUGGUUUCACGUUAGGUCUUCUAGCUUCUCUCGUUUUUCUAACACUUCUGUUUUUCAACUCGUCGUUCAAAAUUCCCAAACUCCAAGCGUUUCUUCAAGGAUCUCAAUUCAAUCGAAACUCUUCUUCUUCUUCUUCAUUCUCUUCAUGGCAUUUCCCGUUUUCCACAUUCUCUUCCAAUUCCGAUUCCAAUCAUUCGGUUACUCCUCUUCACACGUUUCAUGAAGAACAACAGAGUUUAGCGCGUGAGGUGAAUGUGUCAAAUCAGGGUUCGGAGAAAGGGAAAACGAAUUCGGGGAAUUUUACGGAUAAUUUGUUGGAUCGGGGUAGGGUUGAUAAUGAUAAAGUCGGAAACUUUUCGGUUGGGAAAACGAAUUCUUCUGCGAAUUUGUUGGAUCGGAAUGGGGAUGCGAAAGUUGGAAACUUUUCUGUUGGAAAGGGAAACUCGAGUGUUGCUGUGGCGGUGGAGAAAAGUGUAGAGAGGAUUGAUGAAAAGUGUGAUAUAUUUGAUGGGAAUUGGGUGAGGGAUGAGUCGAAACCUUAUUAUCCUUUGGGUUCUUGUCCGUUUGUGGAUAGGGAUUUUGAUUGUCAUCUUAAUGGGAGGCCUGAUAGUGAUUAUGUGAAGUGGAAAUGGAAGCCAAGUAAGUGUGAUAUUCCAAGUUUGAAUGCAACUGAUUUCCUGGAAAAGUUGCGAGGACAGAGAUUGGUUUUCGUUGGGGAUUCACUGAACAGGAACAUGUGGGAGUCCAUGGUGUGUAUUCUACGUCAAAGUAUCAGUGACAAGAAACGUGUUCACGAAAUUUCAGGAAAAAGGAGAUUUAAGAAGAAAGGUGUCUACUCUUUUAGAUUUGAGGAUUAUAAUUGCUCAGUAGAUUUUGUGAGUUCAACAUUCAUUGUUCGAGAGUCGACUUUCCAAGGCGUAAAUGGGACUAUUGAGACAUUAAGAUUGGAUUUGAUGGACGAGAAAACUAUCAGGUAUCAUGAUGCUGAGAUCAUAGUCUUCAAUACAGGGCAUUGGUGGACACACGAAAAGACAUCUAAGGGAGAAGACUAUUAUCAAGAAGGCAACCAUGUGUACCCGAGACUCAAAGUUCUGGAUGCAUAUAAAAGAGCAUUGACCACGUGGGCUAGAUGGAUUGACAACAAUGUUGAUCCAAAUCGAACACAUGUUUUCUUCAGAGGAUACUCAGUUACCCAUUUCAGUGGUGGCCAAUGGAAUUCAGGAGGAAAGUGCCACAAAGAAACUGAGCCAAUAAACAAAGGACAUCAUUUACGGAAAUAUCCCUCGAAAAUGAGGGUUCUAGAUUAUAUCAUCCCAAAGAUGAAAACUCCAGUGAUUUAUAUGAACAUAAGUAGGAUGACAGAUUACAGAAAAGACGCUCAUCCUUCAAUAUACAGAAUGGAAUACAAGUCAGAAGCAGAAUGGGCCACUGCAGAGGAACACCAAGAUUGUAGUCAUUGGUGCUUACCAGGAGUACCGGAUACUUGGAACGAAUUACUCUACGCAUCUCUCUUACAAUAUGGUAAAGGCAAUUGGAAAACCUGAGAAAUCUUCAUGUACCACGAUUCUGGUUCAUUAUACACAUUGUGUUCAAGAUUCAACACGUGUAUAUUCCUCGGUUUCAACUCAAGGGUGUCUUGAGUUAUGGUUUGUGCAGAUGAUUAAUUAGAGCGACAAGUUUAUAUGUAUUUUGUGUAUUCAUCGAGCUGCAAACACAUUUUUCAUAAUAUUAUUACCAUUAAAGAUAUAGAAUUUGUUGAUCAAAGGCCUGAUUUGUUUCUCUGCGUUUAAUUCAUUCGUAUUUUAUCUAUCAUUCUCUAGUCUAUUCUCACAAUAUCAUCAAAAUCGGAUAAUCCAUUUUCCCCGUCCUCUCUAUCGAUAUCUUUACUCAUCACUACUACAAUUUUAAACAAUGAUAAAUGAUACUUUAAGCUAAUAAACGAGUCGAAAACAAAACACUUGCAGAUAUUACCGAUAUUACCAUCUGUACCUUGACAUUCUCAUUAUAUAUGAAACCUGUUGAGCUCAUUAUGUUUCUUAUGAAGACUAUACAACCUUAUUCAUAUUAACUACUGAAUUAUAUGAUAAAACAUUACUAAAUUUUCUGACUCCAAAUUACUGGUGGGACAUGAAACAUUACUCAUAACACAAAAAAAGAAGCAUACAUUCAUAUAGGAAAAAAGGACAACACAGAAGAAAAGAAACAGGAAGUAAUGAUAACAGUUACCUACCUUACAUGCAGAAACUGAAACAAGAAACAGACUCUAGGAUCAGCUGCAAAUUGAGUGAAUUUGAAGUACAUCACAAAGUUGGAAACUUCUCAAAGGAAGACAACACCAUCUUUAUGUUUAUUAUUACAUUCGACGACUACAAAGAAGAACUAUAUUAAUCUAUGAAACACAGACACCACACACACCAGACACGCCUUCAAUCUGAAGUGUCAGUACUGUACUGCACAGAUGAUAAUAUCAAAUAGAGUGAUUGAUACAUAGCCAUUAAGACUCCAAAAAGGAAUCCAUUGCCUUUUUGUGACUUGCCGGUUUGCCAUACUAUAACCAAAGCU